UGUAUAUCUAGGGUAGUUCUUGCUUUGACAGUUAUACAACUAUUCCUUAACAUUGAGUUUAUUGUCUUUUGAAGCUCAUGUUAUUGAAUUAAAUUGUGUGUCAUGGAUGAUGCUGCUUUGUCACUUGGAGCGAUAGAUGUUUCUUAUUCGUCAUCUUCAGCAGAAUGCACUGUAUCUAGAUGUAAACACUCCAGUGAAGAAUGGGGCGAAUGCAAUUCUAGACCUACUGUUUUUCGGUCAGCCACUUUAAAAUGGAAAGAAACUCUGCUGGGCAGGAAAAGACCAUUUGUGGGACGUUGUUGCUACGUAUGCACUCCCCAAAGCCGGGAUAAGCUUUUUAAUCCUAGUAUCCCUUCUUUGGGCCUUCGUAAUGUCAUCUACAUUAAUGAAACACAUACCCGGCACAGAGGGUGGCUUGCCAGGCGGCUCUGUUACGUUCUUUUUGUACAAGAACGGGAUGUUCAUAAGCGUAUGUUUGCUAAUAAUGUGGCAGAAAAUGUGCUGAACAGUAGCAGAGUGCUGAAUGCCAUUGUAGAGGAGGCUUCAGAAAUGUCUGCUGUAGGUGGUUCUGGUCAGCCGGACCCCAGAAUCCACAGUAAAGUCAAAAAGAAAGCUAGAAGAAUUGUUCAGGAAAUGGUAGCAAAUGUCUCACCUUUUUUAAUCAGGUUAACAGGAUGGGUAUUGCUGAAAUUAUUCAACAGCUUUUUUUGGAAUAUCCAGAUUCACAAAGGCCAACUGGAGAUGGUGAAAGCUGCAACUGAGCUAAAUUUGCCUCUUAUCUUCCUACCUGUUCACAAAUCUCAUAUCGACUACCUACUUCUCACAUUCAUUCUUUUCUGCCAUAACAUCAAGGCACCUUACAUUGCAGCAGGGAAUAACUUGAAUAUCCCCAUUUUCAGCACCUUGAUCCAUAAACUUGGAGGGUUUUUUAUUCGACGAAAGUUGGAUGAAAGUCCUGAUGGCCGGAAAGAUGUUCUAUACAGAGCCUUAUUGCAUGUGCAUGUCCAAGAGUUACUUCGACAGCAGCAGUUCCUAGAGAUAUUCCUGGAAGGCACACGAUCUCGGAGUGGAAAGGCAUCCUAUGCGAGAGCAGGCUUAUUAUCUGUGGUGGUGGAUGCUCUUUAUUCAAAUGCUGCUCCUGAUAUACUAAUUAUACCAGUGGGGAUAUCCUAUGAUAGAAUAAUAGAAGGACAUUAUAAUAGUGAACAACUGGGAAAGCCCAAGAAGAAUGAAAGCCUGUGGAGUGUAGCCAGAGGAGUCUUCCGGAUGCUACGGAAGAAUUAUGGAUGUGUUCGAGUAGAUUUUGCACAGCCAUUUUCCUUAAAAGAAUAUUUAGAUGGUCAAAGCCAGAAACCUGUGCCUGUUCCCCAUUCUUUGGCGCAAACUCUGUUACCAGCUGUACUACCUUCAAGGCCUAAUUGUGUAGUAGAAGAAGGUACAGAAGAUACCGUUGCUGAUUCCAGGGAUGUAACCUGUGAGUCUUUGAGAAGACAAUUAAUAGCUAACUUGGCAGAGCACAUAAUGUUCACUGCUAACAAGUCAUGUGCUGUGAUGUCUACACAUAUUGUUGCCUGUUUGCUGCUCUACCGACACAGGCAGGGAAUUGAUCUUUCCAAGCUGGUAGAAGAUUUCUUCUCCAUGAAGGAGGAGGUCUUGGCUCGGGACUAUGAUUUGGGAUUUUCAGGGAAUUCUGAAGAUGUAGUCAUGCAUGCGAUUCAUCUGUUGGGGAACUGUAUUACUAUCACAAACACCAGCCGGAAUAAUGAGUUCUUCAUCACUCCCAGCACAUCUGUUCCUGCUGUCUUUGAACUAAGCUUCUACAGCAAUGGGGUAUUGCACGUCUUCUUCAAAGAGGCAAUCAUCGCUUGCAGUCUCCAUGCAAUACAGAAUAGAAGACAUAGAAAUGGCGUCAAUGGAAUUUCCCCUAAUAUGAUUAGUCAGGAACAAUUGGUCCGCAAAGCUGCGAGCUUAUGUUAUUUGCUUUCUAAUGAAGGCACUGUUUCAUUGCCCUGCCAGCUGCUAUGUCAAGUGUGCCAUGAAGCUGUUGAGCGGUUCAUACAAUAUGGUAUUCUUUUGGUGGCAGAGCAGGAUGACCAAGAGGAAAUUGUUUCUAGCCUUGCAGAACAACACUGGGAGAAGAAACUCCCAGGACCAUUAUCUUGGAGGAGCGACGAGGAGGAUGAGGACAGUGAUUUCGGUGAAGAGCAGCGGGAUUGUUACUUGAAGGUGAGCCAAUCACAGGAACACCAGCAGUACAUUACCUUCCUGCAGAAGCUACUGGGGCCUUUAUUAGAAGCGUAUAGUUCUGCAGCCAUCUUUAUUCAUAAUUUCAGUUGCCCUGUCAGGGAAUCUGAAUAUCUGCAAAAAUUACACAAAUACUUAAUAACCAGGACUGAAAAAAAUGUUGCAGUAUAUGCUGAGAGUGCCACCUAUUGCCUUGCAAAGAAUGCAGUGAAAGUCUUCAAGGACAUGGGGGUGUUUAAGGAGACAAAGCAGAAGCAAGACUCUAUUCUGGAACUAAGCAGCACUUUCCUACCUCAUUGUCAUCGGCAAAAACUACUGGAAUUCAUUCUGGGUUUUGUUGUUCUGUAGAACACAUCUGUUGAAUUCUGCCAUUCAGAAUGUCAGACUUGGAGAAUGUGACCCAAAACCUCAGAGCUUUUGCUGCUUCCAUAGUAUAAUACAGUGCCAUUUUUGGUAAGGCCUUAUCUGAUCCAAGUCACUGGAAGACAAGUGCCUUCGUACAUAUGCAUGUCUGGACCUAUACAACUUGGUAACACAAUUAAAUACUUACAGAUUUUGAAUGCAAAUAAUAGCCAUGUUUGCAAAAAAAGCAAAAUUGCUAGUUUUUACAAUAACCUGUAUCAAAAUGUUACAUUUUUACAGUAUGAGUAUUACAUCAAGACUAAUGAC